GUUCCCGCCUCGGUGGCCGCCUGACGGGAGGUGGUUUGUGGUUCGGGUUGCUUUCGCGCGCGAUGAGCGGCGGGAGCUGCGCCUCGCGCCUCGCGCCUCGGAGCUGGCGCUUACCUGCGCGGCGGAGCGCUGCGGGACUGCCGCCACCGCGUCCUGUCAGGGUGGGGACGUCCCUCCCGCUCUUGGUGCGGGAGCUCGUUAGGCUGAGCCAGCUCUGACAGAACGAAAACCGAACCGUGCUGGGUGUCUGCAGUUGCGUCUGGGUUCGGCUCUGCGGUUCGCUGAUGUUUCACUUCUGCGCUUCAGAGCAGCCUGCGCUGCUGGAGGUUCCCGUCCCGCUGCGAGCGGCUGUUCUGCUGCCUGUGCCCUCCUGUGCCCGGCUGUAUAAGCUGCUGACGGGCCGUGCCGGAUGGCCCGGGGAGCCAAGUGUUCGGUGCUGUGCGGACCUGUUAGAAAGGCCUUCCUUUGCGUUGUGUCAGGUCAUGUUUUACUUCUAAAGGCAUACAGGCAAGAGGCAUACAGGCAUUUUUACGAUAUUAAAAAGUAUUAAACUGCAAGCAAUUGGCAAUGUAGGUUUUUUUGUUCAUUAUUUGGUUGGUUUUUGGGUUUUUUUUUCCUAGGGAACAGUGAAUAAAUGUCACUGCUAGAACUCAGUUCAAUGGGUUCUUUUACCAGCUCAUCGGUGACUCAUGUGGCUGAGGGAGAAGAGCAGCCAACGGCUCUUUUAAGGAUUUCAGAUGUGUCCCCUAAUGGAGAGAACUUUGGCUCUGCUGAGGAGUGGAAUUAGCUGACUGGAUCAGGUAGGCUUUAUUUGCACGUUACACGUUAACUAGCAUACUGUUUCUUCUGAUAUCCUUGGAUUUACCUUGAAUUUAUGUGUGUUCACUUAAUUGCCGUAGAUCAAAGUAGCUUUCACUUAACUAAGGAGUAGCUAACUGCUUUCAGUAGUGCUUUGAAAAAAAUGAUGUUGAAAGUAUUGAGGCACUCUUGCAAAAAAAAAAAAAAAAAAAAAAAACACCAAAAAGAAACACCUUCACUGUUUUGUACUUGGCUUUGAAUGUAAUCUCUGUAAUUAAUGUUCAAAACAUAUUUGAAAGGUUGAUAUGUGCAGCAAAAUGUCUAAGGUGGUGAUACACUGCUACACUUGGGUAAAAGAGCUGCGGGAAAGGUGAGAUGAAAGGCAAUUUUCUGUGUGAUAAGUAAUCAAGAAAGAUUACGUGUGCUGUUCAUAGUGUUCCAAAAAGCUGAAAAUACUGCUCAGGCUGUUGUGAAAGGUGACCUGAUGGCAGAGUUGCAAUGGGUGAUAGUGGCAAUAGGUAGCAUCUGCUCAAGAGAUGAAUGCUGCUGUCCCUGGGCAAAGAACAGGUGGUAUAAGGUCUGCAAGGGAUAUGAAUUUUCUGCUUCAUAAAGUGUGAAUUCUGCUAGAAGAUUGUUUUGGCAUAUUCAAGGAACAGUGAUUUCUCCCGUGAUUGUUUUUUUUUUGUCACCCAGGGUUUUCAGUGUAAAGUUUCUUCUGCUGCUCUCAUUGUUUCUACAAAUGUAUUUAGGCAAAACUGUUCAUAUGGGUUGCAAGGGAAGAGCUGCUCAUUCGUGAUAGACCUGUAUGAUGAGAUAAAAUUUUUGAAUGAAGAAUCAAGCUGGAGUUAUACUUGCAGGGUGAAUUCCUUGAAAUGGGAUCUGAAUCUUUACUAUCAAAUUCUACUGCUUUAGAAUCAUAGAAUGCCUUGAGUUGAGUUUAAAAUUUCUUAAGUUUUCUGCUCUACUGAGGAUAUGUUUUUAUCCUCAUUUCUUGUGUAAAAAGCUUUGUUGACUUUGUGGGUUUUUUUUUUGUUUGUUUAUAACAAAUUGCUUUCUUCUACACUGUAGCAAUCUUCUCUCUGAAGAAAUGUAACACCAUUUGGUUGUCAGAUCUUCAGCCAGACUUUCCAGUAAAUUUACCUCUGUUUCAUUUUGGUAUUAAAACAAACUUGUUACCUUUAGAAUAAAUUCUCUUUUCACGUGAAAUUUUUAUAAACAGUUAUAUGGAUUUGUCCUAACACUGUAAGGGUUUCUUAGGUGUAUGGUGUUUCAUUUCCACUGAAUUCCUCAAAUUAGAGAGCACUGUGAAAGCUGUUACCCCAGGAGCUUCUGAAUUGGUACUUCCAGUUCCUAUGUGGAGUUGCAGCCAUGCAGAGUUUCAAAACGGUGUUGUUGUGUUUCAGUUACUGUGCUGCAGUCUCCAGGUCUGAUUCAAUUCAACUUUGAGCAAAUUAAUGUAAUUAUUUUAAUAGUAAGUUUCCUAUUCAGAUAACAUUGUUGAACAAAUACGGUAGCUGAGCAAACAUAAACACCAGAUGGCAGUAUUUGAUUAGGUUCUGACUUCUGCCUGUCAAAUUCAUUCCAUGUGUUUUGUCUGAUUUUAUUAAACCUAUUUUUGAGAGCUACUGAGAUCAUUUUCCUGGAAAGUCCUUAAGAUAAACAAAUAAAUAAAUCCUGAAAGAAUGAGAACCUCCAACUGGGAGCUAAAAGCAAACUACUCUGAAGGGCUUUUGUUGUCCUCCACAAUCUCAGAGAGACCAAAACAAGUCACAGCUACUUGUUGGUUUGUUUUGUGGAGGUAUGUGCUUCCUCAGUACUACUUCCACCUCCAUGUAUCUUUUGUGACAGUCCUUGGUAGCCUCCUGAAGAGAUCAGCCUACACCAGUUUGGGACUUGAUUGAUAUGGUAAUCUGACUGAACCAUGCAGUUGCAGUAAAUUUAAUUGCUAUUCAUAAUGGUGAAAUAAGUAUUUUCUGAAAUGUUUUUGUGUAAGUUCUUUUAUAAAACUUAAAAAAAAAAAAAAACCCACACACAGUAUGUAUACGUAGAGAGUGGUCUGUAUUUGGAAACCAGCUUCAUUUACACUCAUUAAGAGGUUUCUUCUAUUGUUAAAGUCCACAUUUGUUUCUGAAUUCAAGACACUGUCUAUCAGUGAUUGUGCUUCAAACCUCUUUAGGAUAGAGAAAUUGAUAAGCAGCACCAGAUUCAUUACAGGAGAUGUAUUGGUUUCUUUUUGACCUGUUAUGUUUUGGGGCAUUUUUUUUUAAUAAAGUUGGCAUUCCAUGUAGAAACUGUAGAGGUAAAAAACUGAUUUAUCAAUUGCUUGGGAUACAAGAGCCGUAGCUUUAUCUCUUCAGUAACCUCUCAACUUGGUGUGUUGUCAAAAGUCUGCAGUCAAGAAAAGGAGCUCUGCUGUUCAUCUGGGAUCUCAGUUUGUGUUGCAUUAGGACCAGCUAUACUUAAAUAUAAAGGGCUGUAAGGCCCUCAUUUCCUCCUGACCUCUGAUUCAUGAAAUACACCAUCAUGAAACCCCUGAAACUUCUGGGCAGAUGAGACUUCUCCAGAGGCUACCAAUGUGUUACAGAUUCUUGUGAAAACAGUGACGGGUCUGUUACAUUUUGAUCUUGACACUCUUGAAGUUUCCAGUUAGGAAAAGUUAUGUCAGCUGCUCUGCAGUUUUCUGAGAGCUGGCACUGGGUUUCCUUCAGAAAGGAACGUUUGAGCAUAAAGGAGAACCUGAGGAAAGAUUUUGGCAGUUAAGCAUGUCUGUCUUCAGGUUCAGACCUUACCCAUCUGAUACAUAAAAACUGCACAUUCUUUUUGCCUCAAGUCUUCAUAUACAUACAUAAAACAUCAUUAGCCUAGUACAGAAGAUUAAACACUGUCAAUACAUUCUUGGAAUUCUCAGUUUUCAUAUUCUGCCACGGGUCUUUAAGGGGUUUCUAAGCCAGCUUUCUUAGCAACUGAGUUUGGACAGGCUAGCAGAGGUUGUGUUUUGCUCGGGAAGUUCAUGGGAGUGUGGAUCAUGCAUAUGAAGACAGCCUUACUGAGAGAUGAGUCCCGUGGGCCUUGUUACUCUUUCUCAAUGCUGACAUGAUCAGAAGGCAUGGCAGUAGCCAGUGAGCUGCUUAUACAGGUUUGUAUGAUUUUUUUUUUUUUCCUGUGUUUAUACUUUGUAGUUGCUGAGGCUGCCAAAUGGUGAUUGGAGCUCAGUUUGCAGGUGGUCACUGCGUUUAUUCUGCUGCCACUUCAAAAUAUAUUGACAUGUUGAUAAGGUGUCUUGGUAACAUCACUUCUUGAAUCACUACUUCUGAGUCAGCCCAUAAAGUCAAUGUAAUGCAGCCGAAUAUCAUUCUGAUAGAAAAUAAUGUAUGAUUCUAUUUUUCACACUAGAAUCUCCCUCAACACCCCACUGUCAGUUCCAUGCUGUGCCAUUUCCCUACAAGUUUUCCUGCUUCUGUUAUUCCUAAAGGUUCAUCUUGGGCAGCUUACACAUGAACAUUACCUGUACUUUGAUUUUCUGUAUUUUUCCUUUGUAUAACUUGUUAACCAUGAGCAUGUGACUGAUUACACAGAAUAAACUACUCUGAGUAAAUGGUGAAACAAGAAUAAAAGGGUGAGAUUUUUCCUCUGAAAGGGUAUGAUCCUACAUCAUGUGCUCCAAAGUUAUAUUUUAGAGGGGUUUUGCUUUCUGAAAGAAAAAUAUUCCUUGCAUUUUUGCAUUUAUCAGAUAGCUGUAUCUAAAAUAUGAGAAGAGGUUUUCAUAAAUGAGAAGUUGUUACUGGCUGUGUGUAAAUGGCCAAUAGUGGAGUUUGAAAAUAUUACAGCUGAUGCGUUCUCUGUAAUUAAAAAAAUCAGUGAUCUUUUCAAGCUUUGAACAUCAAAACAAAUGCUUUAAAUCCUUUAUGUCCAUUACACGUGAUUUUUGGUCAUUUUAAGUAUGUGCUCUCUGGAAAAAUUUCUGUUGGUUAUAAAGCCACUUACAGGAAAGAAGGAACACCUAACAGGUCAAGGGUAUUAAAACCUGUACAUUUGAGUGUGUGGCUAAUAUUAAUUCAUGUUUUGUUUUUAUUUUGUAUAGUGUGAUCAGGAAAUUUCACAUACGGUAUCCUUCAAAAAAGCUGCUACAAAGCUAUUUUAAUAAGAAAAAUGAAUGUAUGAAUUAUUUAAAAUAGUUGGGGCAACUGUUACUGCUAAGUAAUCCAAGCACUUGGAAGGCAAUUACACUGAGCUUUGACAACAUUGCCAACCCACUGCACAGUGCCUUAUGCCAAAAGCUAUUGUUGUUUUAUUGACCACGUUCACCAUUACAUAUGCAUAUGAAAAAACAGAGGCAUUUUCAUUGGGAUUAGCCUAAUAGCAUUAAGAGAUUAUUUUUUAAAUUUCCUUGGAAGGAAAUUCACUUAAAUGAGAUUACUUAUUACUUGACUGGUUUCCUAUCGUGCUGCUAUGUUUAGGUAAGUGGAGUCCAUUAGAGUAUAAAGUUUUUUUUAAAAAAACUGAUUUUAUACAUUAAUGAUUUCAAAUAAAAGAGAAGUCCUAUAUUUGUGCAUAGCUUCUUUUGAGAAAGUUAAGUCGAUGUUCUGGUUAGGAGAGAUAACACUUCUUGUCCCUCUUGGUGGCCCCCCUAGUGUCACCAUUAGUUGCUAAUUACUUGCAAACAAAUAAACAAUUAACUCCUCGUGCCUCUUGGUGGGAGAGUUUUCAUUGACAUGCUAAAACUUUCUAAUAAAAGAUUUAAUUAAUGACGUUGCAAAUCCAACCCCCUUGUCAACAUAGCUAUAAGGAGGACUUCUGGAGAAAUGCAAGUACAGUGAGUGUAUGUGCUGUGCUGUGCUGGCUGAAGGUGAAACCAUGGCAAGUACAUCGCUGUGUGCAGCUAAUCCAUCAGCAUCUCAGAAUCUUCGGAAAGUGUCUGGUUUUGUAGAAAAUAAAACCACACAGUGCUCAUUUUCCAUUGAAAGUAUUUUAGGAUUGGAGCAGAAGAAGGAUGGCAUUGCAGCUGUGAAACCUCACAGACCGUGGAUGGAUGUGUGCACCAACUUGGUUUUAGGUGAUGACAGUGAUCCACAUCUGCAAAUCCCUGUUGUUUCCUAUGAAAAUUCAUUAUUUCAUGCUAACAGUAAUCUAAUGCAAGAGGAAAAAGUUUUGAACUGUGAAAAAUAUUUUUCAGUCACUGAAAGGUUAUCUUUCAAACGAGAAUUGAGCUGGUAUAGGGGUAGAAGACCGAGAACUGCUUUCACUAGAAACCAGAUUGAAGUCUUGGAAAAUGUUUUUAAAAUGAACUCCUACCCUGGCAUUGAUAUUAGAGAAGAAUUAGCUCGCAAGUUAGAUUUAGAGGAAGACAGGAUCCAGAUCUGGUUCCAGAACCGUCGUGCAAAACUGAAGAGAUCCCACCGAGAAUCACAGUUUUUAAUGGUGAAAAAUAAUUUCACCUCCAGCCUGCUAGAGUAGGAGGAAGGAUGGUUUGCCUUGAUGUUACUACAAUGGGACUUGAAGAAUUACUGGCAUUGUUGUAAUUUGUAUUAAACAAUGAUUAUGUAUUAAUUAUGAUUUUAUCCCUAGAUUUGAAAGAUUAUCAUUUUUCACUCAAAUAAACUGUAAAUAUGUGAAGUAUUGUAAACUAAUUUUUGUGGAGAAAGUGAACUUUUCCUAUAUAUUUUAAUAAAUAUGUUCAGAAAAGUUUAAAUAUUUUUUGCAGUUAAAAAAUAAACCGUAAGUUCUGGGUUGUGUAAGAUUUUCAGUUACUAUGAAUUACUUCUGGCUUCACUGAAGGCAACUAAGCUUCCUGCUUUUAAAGUCUAAAAUUCUUAACAUGCAAAAUAGUUUUUGAUGCAUGAAACAGAUUAGCUAUUUAAAUUCUAAUGAACAGUUUUAAAGAAGAAUAUGACCUCAUUUUCUAAAACAUUGCUCUCCAUGAAAAUGAAUGGACUAGCAUUAAACUGGUUUCAGUCUGAACAAUUGUUUCAUUAAAAUAAGCUUAAAAUUGUAAUCUUUUUAAUAUAUUUUAAUUCAUUUCUGUUUAAAA